UUAAAACCGAACGGUGAUAUUCGUAUCUGUGGCGACUAUAAGGAGGUCAAUUAUUUUCAAAAUUGGACUUAUCAAACGCUUAUAACCAACUUAUUCUUGAUGACAAAUCACAGCUUUUAUGUACCUGGUCUACGCAUAUUGGAACUUUGAAAAUGAAACGAUUACCUUUUGGCGUCAAACCUGCCGCUGCAAUAUUCCAAAAAACAAUGGAGAACUUAUUGCAAGGAAUACCAUUUGUGGUUGUAUAUCAAGAUGAUAUUACAGUAUCGGGUAAAGAUAUGAAUGAACAUAUUCGAAAUUUGAAGUCAGUGUUAAAUAAAUUAUUACAAGCUGGACUUAAGCUUAAUUUAUCUAAAUGUAAAUUUUUCAAAGAAGAAAUUUCAUACUUAGGUUUCACAAUUGACAGGUUUGGUCUUAGGAAAAAUAAAGAAAGAAUUAAUUCGGUAUUAAAUGCCCCCAUUCCUAACAACGUUUCAGAAUUACGUGCAUUUAUAGGUCUUGUGAAUUAUUAUGCAAAGUUUGUUAAUAAUUUUGCAAAAAUUAUGACUCCUUUGUAUAAGUUAUUACAGAAAAAUGUUAGAUUUGAGUGGUCCGAAAGUUGUCAAAUAGCCUAUGAUACAAUAAGAAAAGAAAUUACUUCUGAAAAAGUUCUGGUGCACUUUAAUCCAAAGUUACCAAUUUUCCUCACAACUGACGCAUCAGACUAUGCCAUAGCUGGUGUACUUUCGCACAAAUUUUCUGAAAAUGAAUUCAAACCAGUGGCAUUUAUUUCAAGAGCUUUAUCCAAAACUGAACAAAAGUACAGUACACAUGAAAAAGAAGCACUUGCAAUUAUUUUUAGCGUCACUAAAUUAAAACAGUAUUUGAUUGGAAAUGUUUUUACAUUAGGAACUGACCAUAAGCCAUUAAUUUCUAUAUUUGGCCAAAACAAAGGCUUGCCUGUAAUGGCAGCAGCACGUGUUCAGAGAUGGGCUUUUAUUCUCUCUGGAUUUAAUUAUAAAAUUGAGUAUGUUAAAGGUCAAUUAAAUGAAGCUGAUAAUUUAUCACGAAUACCUCAAUUUAAAACAAAUGUUGUCAAUGAGAAUGACAUUAAUGACAGUACUUUUAUAAAUUAUAUACAGAAGGAUAAUAUGUUGAGCCUUGACUUUAAAGAUAUAGCUAGGGAAAAUAGACGUGACCCUAUUCUUUCUAAAGUGUGUGAAUUUGUUCGAAUGGGUAAAAUUAGAGAACUAACAGGUGAUGAAUUUAAAUCAUUUAUCAACAAGGAUAUUGAGUUAACUGUUGACCAUGACUCCCCUGGACAUCCAGCCACAAACGGCCAGGCUGAAAAUUUCGUGAAAUCUCUUAAGAAAUCUAUUUAUGCAAAUUUAAAUUCUGAGAAAAAAGAAAAUAUUGAUGUAAUUUUAAAUCGUUUCUUAAUGGAUUAUCGUAAUACAAAACAUAGCUCAACUGGUGAGAGCCCGGCGAAAAUUUUUAUUGGAAGAUCGAUUAGAACACGACUUGAUCUAAUAAAACCUCCACUUUUUAAAAACAAAAUGUUGGAAAAUCAAAUGAAAAGUAUAUCAAAUCAUAAAGGUAAUAGAUCAGUUACUUUUGAAAAAGGUCAAAAUGUUUUCAUUAGAGACUACACAAAUGUAAAUAAAGAAUCAUGGGCCCCAGCUAUCAUUAAGGAUAGAACAGGUUCACUUUCAUAUCAGUGUAUUCUUUCAACUGGCAGAGUAAUAAAAAGACAUACUGAUCAAAUUAGGGCAGGAGUAAAGGAUGUCAGUAAUGAUUUUAUCCCGCCUGAAUUACCAUCAUCUUCAAAUGGAAGUACUUCGACGGAAAAGGUUGAACGGUCACAUAAUGAUAACAAUUCUUCAGAAGUAAAUAACAAUGAACAUGAACCAAAUUCAGAAAUUGUAAAUGAGUCUAUAAACACAAAUGUUAAUGAAGAAUUGUCAAAUAAAAAUCAAACUGAGAAGAAUGAAAACAAAUGUGGAAGAGUAUUAAGACCCAGAACAAAUAAAAAAAUUUAA